AUGCCUCCCAAAGGAUCCGGAAAGAAGCCUGCGGCUUUCCCCCAGGCCACCUCUAAGGCCUCUGCCGCCAAGAAGCAAAAGAACCCUCUCAUCGAGAAGCGUCCUCGCAACUAUGGCAUCGGUCAGGACAUCCAGCCCCAGCGCAACGUCGGCCGCAUGGUCCGAUGGCCCGCUUACGUCCGCCUUCAGCGCCAGAAGAAGAUCCUCAACAUGCGCUUGAAGGUCCCACCGGCGAUUGCCCAGUUCCAGCACGUUGCCGACCGUAACCUUGCCACCCAGGCUUUCAAGAUCCUCAACAAGUACCGUCCCGAGACCAAGGCCGAGAAGAAGGAGCGUCUCACCAAGGAGGCUACCGCCGUCUCUGAGGGCAAGAAGAAGGAGGAUGUCAGCAAGAAGCCCUACGUCGCCAAGUACGGUCUCAACCACGUUGUUGGCCUCAUCGAGAACAAGAAGGCUUCCCUCGUCCUGAUCGCCAACGACGUCGACCCCAUCGAGCUCGUUGUCUACCUCCCUGCUCUCUGCAGGAAGAUGGGUGUCCCUUACGUCAUUGUCAAGGGCAAGGCCCGUCUCGGUACGGUCGUCCACCAGAAGACCGCCGCUGUUCUCGCCCUCACCGAGGUCCGCUCCGAGGACAAGAACGAGCUCCAGAAGCUCGUCACCGCUGUCAACGACGGCUACCUCGAGUCACACCACAAGGACGCUGCCCGUCACUGGGGAGGUGGUAUCAUGGGUGCCAAGGCCAACGCCCGCAUGGAGAAGCGCAGGAAGGCUGUUGAGAGCGCUAUCAAGAUCUAA